AUGAGAGUGUGUGCGCUGGUCGUCCCACGCUUUGUUUUGUUUUGUUUUUUUGUGAGUUUAAUUUUUUUUACUGUUUGCUUUAAAUUUUUUGCCAGUCUUUUUUUGUUAUUAUUUUGUCCGUUUUUUUUUUUAUUACUGACCCCCUCAUCUUUCUUUUUUGCUUUGGGGGCAAUCACUAUGGACGUUUUUCUUUUCUACUCUUCCCUCUUUAAUUGUUUGUUGCUGCACUCUUCCUGCGAGGGGUGCCGUGUGUUCCCGCCCAACUGCUCCACUCGCACACCCACCGACACGCUCAUGACGACGGCCCUGUGCGCCUCGCCUGCUGCACGCAUGAGGAGGGGCCGCGACGAACGGCGCGCUGAGGGGCCGUGA